AAUGAAUUAUCUACUCUUGUUCACUUUAGCUAUUUACAUUUUGAAAUAUAGCAAUGCGAAUUUUGUUUGUCCAAUCGAUUCGGAACAAAAACCAAUUAAUGGAGCUUACAGAGAUCCAAAUCUUUGUGGAAUUUAUUAUCAUUGCGUUGAUGGUUUUGCCUAUCCUCAACAGUGUCCUCCAGGACUUCAUUUUCAACUUUCAGCUACAACUUGCCAUUUCUUUGCCUGUGUUCAAUCCAGCCAAUCAGAUUGUUUAAAAGUAAAAAAUUCAAAUGGAAAGAAGGAUUCUAUUAUUCACGAGAAAAUACCUCAAAUAAAAGCUAAUGAAUGUCUACCAAAUUUGAAUAGUACCGUUGCAAGCUCAACAAAUCCUUCCCUUUAUUUUAAUUGCGUUAAUGGUCUGGCUUGGCCUCAACAAUGUCCUCCUCAGACAAAAUUUAACCCAAAUUUUAACUUUGACAAAUGUUCUGGUGAAAUUUGUAGGAAAUCUUCUGGUGGUUCUCAACCAAUACACGGAGGUAACAAUUGUCAAGGUCAAUCAUCCGAAAGUGAACAAUGUACAAAUGGACCAUGUUCGCAAAAUGGUCCAGCCUUUAUGGUCUCUCUAACCGAAACAACAAAUGAAAAUGCUGGAAUUAUGAAUUGGAAGUCGGUAAAUCUAAACUCUGGUGGUAUGUUUAAUGCAGAAAAUAAUGAGGUAGCAAUUAGAACUUCCGGUUUGUACUUUUUUUCAAUGGUAUCAACUACAACCAAUGGAAAUUUAAUAAAUAUGGCAAUUGAAAAGACUGGAAUUAAUCUUGGCAUAACCAAAGCAGCAUACGAAGGUGCCGAAGGCCCAGAAACUAUGUCAAGGUCUGGUCUAGCUAUUCUAACUCCUAUCUUUAAACCUCAAAUGAGAUUGAUAUCGCCAACAAGCCUUUAUAGUACAGCUGAGGGAAGAGAAACUUCUUGGUUAGGUUUUCAUUAUAAAUCGGAUAGUUAUCUAUUUUGCGGAAGUGAUAGACGUCUUCCAGGAGGAUACGUAAAAUGGCCUAAGGUUACUGCAAUGAAAGGAUUUAGAGAGAAUAGUAUCCUAUCCCAAUUUAGAGUAGAAUCGUCAGGCCUAUAUUUUCUUAAUGCAGGAAUGCUGUCCGAUCUAAGUCAUAGAGAAGAACAUAGAAUACGUAGAUUAAAUAUUCAAAUAUUUCGCAAUAACGCCCUAUUUGCAACCGUUUUGCAAUUUUCCGCAUCAAUUCAAACAAAUUUGGCAACUGAACAAUUCUCUGGAUCGAAUCUAGUUCAUCUAGUUGAAGGUGAUGUGUUAACUGCUCAUAUAAUAUUGCCUAUUUCUUCAUCAAUUGGACCAUUAGCCGGAAAUAAUACUGAAACUUACAUGAGUGCAUUUAAGAUGAAUGAGUCAUUAGCCUACUUUCAAGCUGAAAAUACAGAUAGUACUUGCAAUGAGUUUAGGCGAGUUAAUUUAAAAACUAUCAACAUGGACUCAACUUCAUCUUGGAAUGCAACUAGAAAUGAAUACAUUGUACAAACAGCUGGAAUUUACUUUUUAGAGUUUACUUUUCAAAAGUAUUACAAUUCAAAAUUGGAGUUGAGAAUGUUUUUGAACGGCGAAAGAGUUGCAUUAUCAAUGAAGAUGAGUAGUUUAGAUAAGGAUUUCUUGUUUACAAGAACCCUUCUACUAGAUUUGAAGAAGAAUGAUAAAUUCCAUUGGGAGAAUUAUGUAUGCUUCACUGAAACUCUGGAAGGGAAGGUGAUCCAUUCAAAUGAUCUGACGUUUCAGGAAGGCGAAACGUUGGAAAAAUGCAAAUUGCUCUGCAUUAAUAACGUUUUAUGCAAGUCAAUUGAUCUGGAAACUGUAGGCCUAAAGAGGUGCUUCCUCAAUAGCGUUACUCCUGCAGAAGUUGGUGUUUCAUUGGUGGACAAUGUAGAUUUUAUAUACUCUGGUCCAAAAGAUGGAAUAUGCGACACCGUUGAGGUGAAUGCAAGAUGUUCAAGAAUUUCUAAUACAAUCUGCGGAUCGACAACAACCACACAAUCGCAGUGCAAUCUCAAUGGCUGCUGUUUCUCAAACAAUGUUUGCUAUUACGACGAUACGUCUGUACCGGGUUUUGUACAAACAAGGAGAGAAGGACAAUUCACUACAUACUUGGAAGUUGAUAUUUCUAUUAGCCUUGAAGAGUGCAAUAGAAGAUGUUUGUCAAAAUCUCUUUGUAGAUGUUUUACCUACAAUUCCGAAACAACUGUUUGCAUUCUGACUACUGAAAAUUGUAAAGUUUCAGGCAGUACUGUUCAUGAUAAAAUCUCUUCUUAUCAAAGAACAGCAUAUAAAAAGGUCACGUGUUACAGUGCCAAUUGCAAUUUUGAACCUGAAUUUGAUACGGAAGAUUUUACUAUUUGCAGAGAUAACUGCAUUUCUGAAUCAACUUGCGAAUAUUUUGUUUAUACAUUCGAUAAUCAACAAAAUAAGUGUUCGACACAGGAAACUACCAUUUGCGACACAUUUUCUCCUACCUUCAGAGAAUUGAAUUACAUCAAUACCUGCGUUAAUGGACCAGUUUUCAAAGAUACCAUUCGACAAAAAGACACAAAAUUAAUACAUAUUACCGAUAGUGACAACCCUGAAACUUGUGUUGAUGUUUCUCUAGCUAUGCAGUUUAGUUUAAGAGUACCUUGGCCAUCAGUUGAUCAUGCCAACCAGAAUUUUUACAUUGAAAUUACUGGACAUAAUUUUAACAAAUGUAUUGAUAAAAUGGAUCAAUUAUCGCCCACUGGACUUUUAGUCUAUGUUCCCAUAGCUAUGCAAGUUGAUCCACUAUUCGAAGAAUCUUUUCUGGGUUGUUCAUUAAUAUCUGGAGAUGAUAUGUCAAAUUGUAAAUAUCUUUGCAGUUGUGGACUGCAAUACUGUCAAGCAGUUUAUAUCAAAGCGUUUGGAGAUACAAAUGAAAAUAUGAAAGUUUGUCAUUACAAUAUAAUAAACUUAUAA